UCCCAAUUCUUGGUUGUUACAUUUUACCUUUUUUAUUUUUUUAUUUCCCUUGUUUCAACCUCAUUUUCUCUAUAAAUUUUCACGAAUUCUAGUCUUUCAAUCACCACACUCCAUUGUGUAUCCCUUCUCUGUUCUCCUUUUUUGCGUUUGGUUUUUCUGAGAUUUUCUGAUCAGAAGCUAUGGCUGAACGUGUUAUCACUCGCGUUCACAGCAUCCGUGAACGUUUGGAUGAGACACUUGCUGCUAACCGCAAUGAGAUUGUGGCCUUACUUACAAGAAUUGAAGGUAAGGGAAAAGGAAUCCUUCAACACCACCAGAUCAUUGCUGAAUUUGAAGCAAUUCCUGAAGAUAUUAGGAAGAAUCUAUUGGAUAGUGUAUUUGGUGAAGUGUUGAGAUCAACACAGGAAGCAAUUGUUCUGCCUCCUUGGGUUGCCCUGGCUGUGCGCCCAAGGCCUGGUGUUUGGGAAUAUAUCAGAGUGAAUGUCCAUGCUCUUGUUGUUGAGGAGCUGCGUGUUGCCGAGUAUCUUCAUUUCAAGGAGGAACUUGUUGAUGGAAGCCAAAAUGGCAACUUUGUGCUUGAGUUGGACUUUGAACCAUUUAAUGCAUCUUUCCCUCGCCCAACACUUUCCAAGUACAUUGGUAAUGGUGUUGAGUUCCUCAACCGUCACCUUUCCGCUAAAUUGUUCCAUGACAAAGAGAGCUUGCAUCCUCUGCUUGAAUUUCUGAAGGUCCACUGCCACAAGGGAAAGAACAUGAUGUUGAAUGACAGAAUCCAGAACUUGAAUUCCUUGCAAUAUGUUCUGAGGAAGGCAGAGGAGUAUCUCGUUACAUUGCCAGCUAAGACUCCAUACUCCGAGUUUGAGCACAAAUUCCAAGAAAUUGGCCUGGAGAGAGGGUGGGGUGACACUGCUGAGCGCGUUCUUGAGAUGAUCCGACUUCUUUUGGAUCUUCUUGAGGCACCAGACCCCUGCACUCUUGAGACCUUCCUUGGCAGAAUCCCUAUGGUCUUCAAUGUUGUGAUUAUGUCUCCUCACGGAUACUUUGCCCAAGACAAUGUUCUGGGUUAUCCUGAUACUGGAGGCCAGGUGGUGUAUAUCUUGGAUCAAGUUCGUGCUUUGGAGACUGAAAUGCUUCAACGUAUUAAGCAGCAAGGACUUGAUAUCACUCCCCGCAUUCUCAUUAUCACUCGACUUCUUCCUGAUGCAGUUGGAACCACUUGCGGUCAGCGUUUAGAGAAAGUUUUUGGAACAGAGCAUUCAGAUAUCCUUCGAAUUCCAUUUAGAACUGAAAAGGGAAUCGUCCGUAAAUGGAUCUCACGAUUUGAAGUCUGGCCCUAUCUAGAGACUUACACUGAGGAUGUUGCCACUGAAAUUGGUAAGGAGUUUCAAGGCAAGCCUGAUCUGAUCAUUGGAAAUUACAGUGAUGGAAACAUUGUUGCCUCCUUGUUAGCACACAAACUUGGUGUUACAGAGUGUACCAUUGCUCAUGCUCUAGAGAAAACAAAAUACCCGGAAUCAGAUAUCUACUGGAAGAAGUUAGAUGACAAGUACCACUUUUCUUGCCAGUUUACAGCUGAUCUUAUAGCCAUGAACCAUACAGAUUUUAUUAUCACCAGUACAUUCCAAGAAAUUGCUGGAAGCAAGGACACUGUUGGCCAAUAUGAGAGCCACACAGCUUUCACCCUUCCUGGUCUCUACCGUGUUGUUCAUGGUAUUGAUGUCUUUGACCCCAAAUUCAACAUUGUCUCCCCAGGGGCUGAUGAAAGCAUAUACUACCCAUACACUGACACAAAGCGUAGGUUGACUUCUUUCCAUCCAGAAAUCGAGGAGCUUCUCUACAGCCCUGUUGAGAAUGAAGAACACUUAUGUGUGCUAAAAGAUCGCAGCAAGCCAAUUAUAUUCACCAUGGCAAGGAUGGACAGAGUAAAGAAUUUAACUGGCCUAGUAGAGUGGUAUGGAAAGAAUGCCAAACUUCGUGAAUUGGCUAACCUUGUUGUAGUCGGUGGUGAUAGAAGAAAGGAGUCUAAAGAUCUGGAAGAGCAGGCUGAGAUGAAGAAAAUGCACGGUCUUAUUGAGAAAUACAAUCUGAAUGGUCAGUUCAGAUGGAUUUCUUCCCAGAUGAACCGGGUGAGGAAUGGUGAGCUCUACCGAUGCAUCUGUGACACUAAGGGAGUGUUCGUGCAACCUGCUUUGUAUGAGGCUUUCGGGUUGACUGUUGUCGAGUCCAUGAGCUGUGGUUUGCCAACUUUUGCUACCUGCAAUGGUGGCCCUGCUGAGAUUAUUGUGCACGGAAAAUCCGGCUUCAACAUUGAUCCUUACCAUGGUGAUCAGGCUGCCGAGCUCCUUGUUGAAUUCUUUGAGAAGUGCAAGGCUGACCCCUGUGUGUGGGACGAGAUCUCCAAGGGAGGCCUGCAACGUAUCCAGGAGAAAUAUACUUGGCAAAUCUACUCUCAGCGGCUAUUGACCCUCACUGGUGUAUACGGAUUUUGGAAACAUGUAUCUAAGCUUGACCGUCGCGAGAGCAGGCGUUACCUUGAGAUGUUCUAUGCCCUGAAGUACAAGAAAUUGGCCGACUCCGUUCCUCUGACUGUUGAAUAGGAAAAUUGAACCAAGGGAAAAAUGGCUGGUGGUUCAAGUGGGGGAUUGAAGGUUCAAGUGGGAAGUUUUGAAGUUGUGAAGAAUAAUAGUCAUUUCACAAUUGUGAUUGGCCCAAAAAAGGCUUUCCAUUUUGUUUCAUUUUAUCUUUUUCCCUCUUGUUUUUUUUUUUCCCUUUAUUUCCUUUUUGCGGCAUUGUUUGCAAUUUGGCUAUUGAGCCUCUUCAAUUUCAGUAAAGUUUGCGUCUUUUUGGUUCA